AUGACAGAACUUUCUCGCUAUAAGGGCAUUGUGCUCACCAUUUGCAUACUUUUGAUAAUCAUCACCCUAGCCACAUGGCAACCCUCAUCCAGUUCCGUCGCAGACCCCCACGGCCUGACGUUGAAGCAGCUCUGGAACCAGCUGCAGGUAUUCCGGUCCCAGUUACAAGAUCUACAAAGUCAAUUACAGGAGCUUCGGAGUCGGCAUCAGGAGCUUCUGGCUGGUGUGUUUCUCGAAUAG